ACGGUUCUGAAAGUGCAAGCUUUAUAAAGGUAUGAUUUGUUUUUUAUUGAUGUCUUAUUUAAUUGUUCGUCUACUCGAGAGUAUAAAAACCAUUAUCAGACGAAUUUUUGUAAACAGUAAACAUUUCACUCUCUUGAGACCUAUAACCCAUGAAGCCUGAACGUGUUCACCCUGUAAAGUCAUUUUGUUCAUUGAUUUCUUCUUUCAUUGUUUGUUUUUCUUUGUAAACAGAGAACAUAUUUUGUAAACAGAUUUUAUUUGUACGUAUCCCUUAUUUAUGCACUUCACGAGUUUUGCCUGACUCGUUGAUUUGCAACCUUCCCUAUCGCUAUGAAUUAACAAUCAGAAGUAGCACCCCUGGGGCUGGCAUUUCACAUCACCCUCCCGGCCACGCAAAUUCGAUCCCAGUGUCUUUUACACAUUCAUGUCCGCCAUCUUGGAUCUGAACGCGCCUGCAAGGCCCUGGUGACAAAGGUUACCACCCGCGCGCAAUUAUGUUCGUUGAACAGGUGACCGUUCCCAUAAAUCCUCCCUUAGGACAGGUACUUCCGGCAGUGCAAACCACGAGCCGUCAACAAGUCUAUUUUUAUCGCUCUUUGUUCACAUCAAAGCACAUCAGCCACUGUUUCGCCACGUGAUACGGUUAACCAAAUUACCAUUACUCUUCAGAGAAACUUUUUUCAUGUCUUCGAUGGAGAAUUCUCCCAUUAAAAAGGACGAGAAGACGGCUAAAAAUAUCACCCAUAAUUUGGACGACUUCGAGAUUGACUUCUUUGAAGACGACUCCGAUGAAGAAGAAGAAGAUAAUGUUGAUACACGGCAAGAUAAAAAAGAGUUUCUCCCUGAUACAGUUUCUGUAACAUCGAAUUCUUUAUUGAGGGCAACGAUUUGUGAGCUUGAGCGAGCGCUGAAAGACACGAGAAGGCUGUUAUUUGAGAGAGACAAAGAGAGCAGCGCCUUACGUCAAGAAGUUGAAAAAACACGCAAGGAUCUUUACAGGGAGCAGCAAGCAAGGAAAAAACUCGAGCUAGAAAAUGAAUCCAACGCCGAGAAAUCUCGUAAGGAAGAAACCGAGAAAUCCAAACUACGCGAGGAGAUCAACGAAUUGAGAGAAAAACUGCGGGAAUUUGAAAAUCCGCACCAAGGCGUUGACCCGGAAGAAAUAGUUCCUUGUUGUUCCUCUAUGCAUGAAUUGGUCGAGUUACAGCGUAAAUUGAAAGAAACUGAAAAACAAUUAGAAGAUUUUAAAGUAAACAACCAGGCUGGAAGCGAGCAGAAAGUUAUAGCCACUAGGCACCAGCCCACUGGGAGUACUGGUGCGACCGCAAAGACUCAUCAUAAACAGACACAACGAGAAAUUCAAACUCAAUUGAAAAUGAAAUUUCUGCGAGAUGCGUUUUUUUACUACAUGAUAGAUUUUCACGCUGACGAGCAGAUAAAAGCGAUUUUAGCAAUUCUGGAUUACGAGGACAGACGAGAGGAUAUUGUCAUAGAAUCACAUAAAAUGCGCAGGCAGGGAAAGAAAUUUACAGUGACAGAAGUUUCCAGUAGGUCAUUGACGUUUGUUCAGGAAGAAAAACUUUAAAUAUGCCAUCUCAUUUUGUUAAAGAUAUUUCCUCUUGGUAUGCGGUUAUACAUAUUAUCCCGCAAUAAAUUAAAGUAGCGUUUUAAGUGCCAGCGAUUUCUGUAUCAGAACAAAUGGUUGUUUUGAUGGAAUGAUGUUUGCAGGACCGUCUUGCCUCUCCCUAAAUAAACCGUUUUAAGUGAUAGCUAUAUGUGUUUCAGUAACAGCGCGCCGCGGAGCAGGGAUGGCGCAGUGGUGAGAGCGAUCAGCUCUGACUAAUGUGGCCCGGGGUCGAUCCCGGCCCGGUGCCAUAUGUGGGUCGGUGUUUGUUGUUGGUUCUGGCCUUGCUCCGAGGA